GGUUGCGCUGGGUUGGGCCGGGCCGGUUGCUAAGACUUGGCGAAGCGCUGCGCUCGCGCCUGGAUCCCUCAGUCGGCUUCGCUGAGGAUGGAGCCCGCCCCGGGCCUCGUGGAGCAGCCCAAGUGCUUGGAGGCCGGGAGCCCGGAGCCUGAGCCGGCACCGUGGCAGGCCCUCCCUGUCCUCUCCGAGAAGCAGUCAGGGGACGUGGAGCUGGUGCUGGCCUACGCCGCGCCCGUCCUGGACAAGCGCCAGACCUCACGCCUCCUGAAGGAGGUGUCGGCCCUGCACCCGCUCCCCGCCCAGCCUCACCUCAAGCGGGUGCGGCCCAGCCGCGAUGCCGGCAGCCCCCACGCCCUGGAGAUGCUGCUUUGCCUGGCUGGGCCGGCCUCGGGCCCGCGCUCGCUGGCUGAGCUCCUGCCACGGCCGGCUGUGGACCCCCGCGGCCUGGGGCAACCCUUCCUGGUGCCCGUGCCCGCCCGGCCGCCUCUGACCAGGGGCCAGUUCGAGGAGGCCCGGGCCCACUGGCCCACGUCCUUCCACGAGGACAAGCAGGUGACCAGCGCCCUGGCUGGGCGGCUCUUCUCCACGCAGGAGCGCGCCGCCAUGCAGAGCCACAUGGAGCGGGCGGUGUGGGCGGCCCGGCGGGCAGCGGCGCGGGGCUUGCGGGCCGUGGGGGCCGUGGUGGUGGACCCGGCCUCGGACCGCGUGCUGGCCACCGGCCACGACUGCAGCAGCGCGGACAACCCCCUCCUGCACGCCGUCAUGGUGUGCGUGGACCUCGUGGCGCGCGGCCAGGGCCGCGGCACCUACGACUUCAGACCUUUCCCCGCCUGCUCCUUCGCCCCGGCCGCUGCCCUCCAGGCCGUCCGCGCAGGCGCCGUGCGUAAACUGGACGCAGACGAGGACGGCCUCCCCUACCUGUGCACCGGCUACGACCUGUACGUGACCCGCGAGCCCUGCGCCAUGUGCGCCAUGGCCCUGGUGCACGCACGCAUCCUGCGCGUCUUCUACGGUGCGCCCUCGCCCGACGGCGCCCUGGGCACCCGCUUCCGCAUCCACGCACGGCCCGAUCUCAACCACCGCUUCCAGGUGUUCCGCGGGGUGCUGGAGGAGCAGUGCCGCUGGCUGGACCCUGACACGUAGGCGCCGCCCUCCUGCCUCCGGACCCUUCUCGCUCCCGGCCGGGGGGCACCCCUCUUGGACUUCCGGGCCUCGAUUUCUUCCGCACAAGCCUGUCCGUGGAUUUCAGGGACACAUACCGCCUCCAGCGAGGAGGACCACGGGUGCUGCCUUCCGUGCGGAUCGAGCUUUCCUGGACUUGGUCAUUGGGGCUACCCCGUGCCUGCGGUGCCCUUCUGCGGGUGCCGUUGCUGCCUUUGUGUUCCCUCUGUCUCGCGAGCCAGGAAACUGCUCUGAUGGGAAAAUAAACAGCCCAAAACCAA